CCCAUCUUUGAUCGGUUGUCAGUCAAUCUUAACCUUUGCGCUAACGUUUCUUUCUCUCUCUCUCUCCCUUUUUAUAUUCACGUCGUGCCGUUGAAGGCAACUUCUCAAUACCAAUCUGCAAAGGAUAAUUACUUUCUCUUCUUCCUCUCCCAGACAAAACCCCAUCAAGGGACGAUGAUGCCCGAAAAUGGCCAACACUUCAGUGUUCCUCCAGGCUUUAGGUUCCAUCCAACAGACGAGGAGCUUCUUUAUUACUACCUCAGGAAGAAGGUUUCCUACGAAGCCAUUGAGCUUGAUGUUAUCAGAGAAGUGGAUCUAAACAAACUGGAGCCUUGGGACCUCAAAGAUACAUGUAGAAUUGGAUCUGGGCACCAGAACGAGUGGUAUUUCUUUAGCCAUAAGGACAAGAAAUACCCAACGGGAACUCGAACUAAUAGAGCCACCAGUGCUGGAUUCUGGAAGGCAACCGGGAGAGACAAAGGCAUUCACAUGGCCAAUUCCAAGAGGAUUGGCAUGAGGAAGACACUCGUGUUCUAUACCGGUCGUGCUCCUCAUGGCCAAAAGACUGAUUGGAUCAUGCAUGAAUACCGCCUCGAAGAUCAGGAUCCCGAAAUUCAGACGCAGGAAGAUGGGUGGGUGGUGUGCAGGGUUUUCAAGAAGAAAAGUCAGAAGGCAGAGGGCUUGGAGUACCAUGCGCAUACGAAGGUGGGGGGCAGUAGUUCUGGUUCCGCCGCCUUGAUGGGUGCAGAAAUAGGAGAGCCGAAAAGCCAUAACCAUACGCAGCAGCCAUAUAAUGAGUAUGGGUUCGAUGGGUGCAUGCAGCUGCCGCAGCUGUUUAGUCCGGACUCAGCAGUGGCAACACCCAUCUCCAUAGAGUGUCCUCAAAAUACGUGGAGGCUAAAUUGCGGGGGUGUGCAACAGGAGCGGUUGAACACAGAUUGGUCAUUCUUGAGUAGGCUGCUUGCUUCGGAUCACCAAUCCCGUACCAAAUCUGCGCUCCCAGAUCAGCUUAGUGUGGGACACCCCAACUCCACAAUGUUUUCAUUUCCAUUUCCAUUUCCAUUUCCCUACCCUUAUCAUCUUCCCUCCGCCGCCGACUUAUUCAAAUUCUCCAAGUAGGCCUACAGCUUUUCACUUUCUUAGUUUAACAUUAUGUGCAGUUAUUUAAUACCCUACAUCACUUCACCUAUGCUAUUUUUCCUCCAACUUCCUCCAUUUUACUGUUCGUAACUCCGCACUUAAUAAUGGAUUGCUUUUUAAACCUCAA